GCCUCAGGCGUGCGUAGGCAUGUGCUCCUAGCCCCGCCCCUUCCGCUCCAGGAGACCAGCCAAUGAGACCUCAAGGCCAGGACUUGGGCCCAGCCUCAGGCGUGCGUAGGCAUGUGCUCCUAGCCCCGCCCCUUCCGCUCCAGGAGACAGCCAAUGAAAGCCAGAGAUCAGCUCCAGGGGCAGGUCUGGUAACGGAAAGGGGAGGGGCGUCACUCUGAGGAGAGGCCUCAGGCCUCAGGCGUCAGUGGCAGGUGGCUGAACAGGACCCGAGCGCAGGCAAGUGGGAGAUGGCUCAUCCUGACCCUGGGGAAAGAAACUAUGACAACAUGCUGAAAAUGCUGUCAGACCUGAAUAAAGACUUGGAAAAGCUGUUGGAAGAGAUGGAAAAAAUCUCAGUGCAGGCCACGUGGAUGGCCUAUGACAUGGUGGUGAUGCGCACCAACCCCGCGCUGGCGGAGUCCAUGCGGCGGCUGGAGGACGCCUUCCUCAACUGCAAGGAGGAGAUGGAGAAGAAGUGGCAGGAGCUGCUCAGUGAAGCCAAGCGCGCGCAGUAGGCCCCCGGGCAGAGCCGCAGCGACCCCAACUCACGGCCUGGGCACAGAGCUUGUUUCUCAAUAAACUUAUUUUCAAGCAC